AUGAACGACCCGUGGCUGAACUGCUGCACUUGCGGCGGCGGUUCGACGUUCAAUGGUGAAAGACCCACCACGACGCCUCGGCCAACGGUUGACAUCCCCGGGCUCAGCUGGUUGCCUGGCAUUCACUCCGUCGAAAAGCAGAUCAGCAAAAUGGAAGAGCAGAUGAAGCCCUUUGAGCAGAGCAUGCAUGAGGUGUACCAGGGUCUCAAUGCGCCCGACUUCAAUGCCCCGCCGGAGCUGGAGGGCAACUCCCUGGUGCAGGUGAACUGGGCAGUCUUCCUUAUCAUCGUCGUCGUAGCAGGCGGCACUGCGAUCGGCUGGUUCUGUGAUCUCGUCGGCUUGGGACCGAAGCCGCCGAGCCUGGACCAGGACCUUCCAGGUGCCUACCAUGCUGCAAGCGGAGGUCGACCCCCCGCUUGGUCGACGAUCAUGCUAAUUCUCAGCUAUGUCCUCCUGGUGCCUGGCCUGACGCAGGUUCUCUUCAGCUUCAACAUCGUCGUCAAUGUGCUCGGUCACCGAAUAGAUGUGCAGCCGGAGAAAGGCCAUGUUGCUUGCACAGAAACCGUCACUGGGCUGGUGCAUCUGCUGGAGAAGACAGGAUCCAGGACAGGAGCAGUCCUCAUCGUCCUCUAUGCAGUCGUGGUGCCAGUGGUCAAGCUGCUUUUGUUGGCCAUCGGGGAGGUCUUCAGGUUCUCGUCGUCAGAAUUUCUGGUCCUGGUCGCCAGGGUUUGCAUCGUCAUCGUGCAGAGCAUCUCAAAAUGGGCCUGUCCGGACAUGUUUGCCUACAUUCUGCUGGUUCACUUGGUGCGGCUGCUUCACAGCGACCCAUUGGUCUUAACGGCUGCCAAGCUUGAUGUGGGCUUCUCUUGCUUCAGCGUUUUCUGCGUUUGCUCGACAGUUUCGUCUUUGGGCAUCAGCUUGCCGCUGCUUCCGACGAAGACUGCGGUCACCGGGAAGCCCCUCUGUAGUGCCAAAGCAGUACAACUUCUGGCGGGAGUGAUCGCAGCUGUCUUCGCAGUCUUCUUCGUUGCCGGCCUUUCGAUUCCUUGCAUGUCUUUGAGGAUCGAUGAGAGACAACUCUACCCCCCGAAUGGCUCCGUGCCGUACUCCGCCAAACCCCUUGUGGAGUCCCUGGCCAUCCCGGACCUCCUGAAGUCCGACAUCAGCAUCCUCUCCUGCACCCGCUGGCUGAUGCAGGAGAUCGGCAGCGGCGAGGCCAACAGUCUCUUUGCCUUGGUGAUGUUCGGAUUCUGCGUUAUAGCACUGCCGCUGGCAGAUGUCCUUUUCCUUCUGCUUGCUGCCAGCCGCCUGGAACCGACGGCGGCAGGCAAUGGCCUACCUCCAUCUGACCAGCCAUGUUGGUUCUACUCCUGGGCGAAGGUGCUACGGAAGCUGGCGAUGCUGGAUGUGUCCAUUAUGGGUGUCUAUGUCAUCACUUUCUGCAUGGGCAUCUACAAGAAGCAGGGCAUCGUGCUGUCAACACACAACGGCGUCUUGCUGCUCAUUGUGGCAGAAGUGGCUCACACUCUGCUGUACUGGCUUGUCUCCGGUGCCGCAGAGCAUGCAGAAGCCUCGGCGCGCGAGGAGCUGAUCGCCUACCGUGCAGCGGCACAAGAAGCAGGCGAUCCCGAUGCAGAUGGGCCUCAGGGGCUCAGCUGCUGUGGCCUCUCCAAGUUUCUCAAACUGCCUGUGGCAAUGGGUCCAGCGAAAACUCACUCUGAGAUAACACCAUUAAUGUGA